UUCAUCUUGCAGGUUAUUUCUCCAGCAACAGUUUGUGGGAUUACCAAUGAAUCUGCUACUGUGAAAAGAGUGCGGCUAUCUGUAGGAAACAGUGAAUUUACUUUUAAAGCAGGACAGUGGGUAGAUUUCUUUAUUCCUGGAGUUCCUAAAGUUGGAGGGUUCUCCAUUUGCUCAAGUCCUGGACUUCUGGAAAAAGAAGGGGUACUGGAGCUUGCAGUGAAGUAUAACUUACAUCCGCCUGCUCAUUGGAUUCACACACAGUGUUCCCUCGGCUCAGAAGUAGCAUUACGAGUAGGAGGAGAGUUCUUCUUUGAUCCACAGGCAACAGACUCUCCUGUGGAUCUGGCCUUAAUCGCUGGUGGAGUAGGAAUCAAUCCUUUGUUUUCUAUACUCCUACAUGUUGCUGACCUUCACAAAGCCCUGGAGACAACAGGCAGAGGUUUCCGAAUGGGGAAUGUGAAGCUCUAUUACUGUGCCAAGAACACUAACGAAUUAUUAUUUAAGGUAACUACAGAAUAUGCAUCAAAUGUGCCAAAUUAUAGACUUCAGGUGUCUCCAGCAAAGGGUGCUGUUAAUGCUAUAACUUAUAGUACAAAGUUAUUAUAG